UUUUGUUCUGAGUGGGUGAUAAAAAAGAUUACUGUGGAGGUUGCGCUGGCAUCUCUUGAGCAAUGACUAAAAAAAAAUAGAUUUGGGGUUAUAUCACUCAAUAAAAGUUUGAAAUUGAAAAUUGUUUUUUAACGUUGAACCAAAAGUUACUAUGGCGGCUUUAGAUACGUUAUUGUCGGAAACUACAAGCGCAAAGCCUGUGAAGAUAUCACCUGCGGGAAAAAUUUUAGUUGGAAUUACAGGUGGUCUAGCAGUCGGCCUUACGGUUAUAUGUGCCCCUUUUAUCAGUCCAGCAUUCAGAAAAAUAUGUUUGCCUUACAUACCAGCUACCAGCGAACAGCUCAAAAACAUUGUGGUAGCUUUGCGAGGCAAAAAAGGCACUUUGUUGGACUUGGGAUCAGGUGAUGGAAGGAUUGUCUUGGAGGCGGCAAAACAUAAUUUUGUUUCCCACGGGAUUGAAUUGAACCCAUGGCUAGUCCUUUAUUCCAAAUUCAGCGCAUUCAAAACUGGUCAUCACCAAGCAAAGUUUUACCGAAACGAUUUGUGGAAAUUUGAUUUAUCAAAUUAUGAUAAUAUAGUUGUAUUUGGAGUGGAACAAAUGAUGCAUAAACUGGAAAAGAAAUUUAUCAAGGAAUGUAAAACCAAUUGUAAUGUACUAGCAUGCCGUUUCCCGUUACCGAAUUUGGUCCCCAUCGAGACUAUUGGUCACGGUAUUGAUAGGGUUUGGGUUUACAAUAUAAAACCAUCUUGACAGUUAACGAUGGUG